CAACCAUAAAAAUCAAAACGUCAACAAUAGUGAUAUAAAUAUUAACAAUAAAAUAAUAUUCAGUGCAAACUAGAAUUCAUUUUCUUAUAUGGGGGACAUAAGGGACCUGAAUAAUGGGCGCUGGUCAAAAAAGGUUGAGAAACACUGUCAUAGAACAAAGUCUAUGAAAAAAACAGAGGAGUAUAGGAGAAAAUUGGUUCAAAACUAAGUCUCAAAAAUUUGUGGCGGCAUAUUUAGUGUUUACCUUUCAGCAUUUGUAGAUUAUAAAGAUAAUCUACAUUAAAUUAAAGCCUAUCACCCUCAAGAAAGGGUGGCAGGGUGGUAAACUUGUGUCCCUGUCUUUUUCUAUUUUGUUUAGUCUUGUGACACCAACUGAGCUUCAUUACCAGCAGAAUGGCUAACAAUGAUAAAGGUUCAGCACCAAGUCUCUCUGCACGCCAGCUCCAGUCCCACCUCAAGAUGGAGCCAAAGACUUUGGGGGCAAUCCAAAUAGUUAUUGGAGCUUUGAUCCUAUGUCUUAGUGCCUCUGUGCUUCAACUCCAUGAAGUACACUUCACUGGGGAUGUAGCCCUGUUCCUCAUUGUUGUCAUGCAGGUGACAUUGUCUGGCUCAGUAUUGGUCCAUAGUGGCAGAAAACCAACAAUGUUUUGGGUAAAAUGUGUCCUGGUGCUCCAUCUGGUCAGUGCUGCAUUUGCUACUGCUGCCCUGGGUCUUAUGUCCAAACAUCUCCCCUACCGCCAGGAUUCUUACCACUGUGAACACUGCCGAAGACUAGAGCAACAUGCUGUGCAACAUUGUUUCAGAAAAUGCACCGGGCUGGUCGAGCAAAAGUGUAAACUACUUCUUGAUGGGAUUUUGGGAACUCUGGUGAUCUUCCUAGUCCUCGAGCUGCUGAUCUGCAUCACUGCCAUGUUGUUUGGACUAAGUGUUCUAGCUGCAGGAGGAAGCCAGGUAAGGGUUUCAUUAUUUAAGCAAUUUUCAAACAAAGAAACAAAAAAACAAACAGUUGGACAGAAGUGUUCCUCAUUAAACUGAAUUUGCUGUACUUGCUUUACUGUACUUACUUUACAGUAAAUUUAUUGUUUUCUUUGUGUCACAACCUGAAAACUGAUAUGCAACUUGUAUGUGUCUACUGUCAAAAACAGCCACAAAGCUAAGCACCCAGAAAAACCAAGACCAUUUGUAAUUUUAUAGAGAACAGUGAUAAGUAUUUUCAUUAUUUGAUUUACAAGGAACCGAUACAUACCAUCAGAGCCUUGUGCAUAGCAGCAGCAUUGUGAUUGGAGGGCUGGUGUUACAGGUGGUGUUACUGGUUAGACAAGCGGUUCUCAACGUGGGCGGUACCGCCCCCCAAGGGGC